AAGGCUCAGAGUGUGUUGGGCCUUUUACCUCAUACUGGAAACAUCCAAAAUGCCUGUUCACCCAGGAGGACAGUUGAGGGAAACACAGAUGAACAGAUGGGUGGAGAGAUGGACACAGAGAAAUGGAUGGAUGAAUGGAAGAGAAACAGAUGGGUGGAUUACUGCAUGCCUGCCAGCUACCUGCUCGUCUCACUGCCUGCUGGUCAGUUAACCAGCCCCAGUCACCGCUCUGCCUCCACUCUCACUAAGCCCUGCCACGCCAGCUGCCAGCUUCCCUUUUGCUCUCUGCCCUCGGUAUUCACCUGCUGGAAUCCUCACCCCAUGUUCCCCUUUACUCCCUGAAAACAAGCAGUAAACCAUCCUUUAUUCUCCUCUAACUAUGAGUGUGUGUCCCAUAUUUGGAUUCACCUGUUGAUCUAAACAAAGGCCUAACGGAUGCUGCAUAACUCAAAGAAAUAGGUAAAACAACUAGAUAACAAAAGCAGCAGCAGGGUGAUGGGCCAACAAAGGAUCUCACCAAUAAUGGGCAAGAGCUCACACAGAACAAUUUGCAUAAAAUAGAAUUAAAACCGGUUAGCCACAGAGAGACAAACUGGAACAAAAUUAUCUUUACAAACAGAUGAAAAUUAUUUAAAAUAUUAGAAAAAAAUAAAAAUCUAAGUCGGCAAAUCUUCACCUGUGAAAAGCUGCAACCAUGUUUUGAAAAGCUAUUAUCAAUCAACUAACUGAUUGGGGAGUUUAAUUCAUAACAAAUCAUAAUUUUUAAUGUGUACGUAAUAAAAUGUGUUAAGUCAUCACUGACUGUUGCUGACAGAAAAAUGUGGUAGAGCAGAAUUAUAAAGGAAAUAAAUGAGAGUACAAGUCCAUCAGAUUUGUGCUUGAGUAAAUGUACUUAGUUACUUUCCACCACUGGAGAAAGUAAAGUUGACUCAGUGUUUUUAUUUUUAUCUGACAGUUGCGUCAGUGUAACAGAGAAACUGGAUCUGAUGAGUUUAUGCAGCAAGACAUGACUGUCUGCAUAAAAGAACAUGCAGCAGGAGGUCCAGGACGGGUUCUAGAACCUGACCUCAUUCUAGAAUGAAAUCGUGUUCCAAAUGGAACUGAAUCUCUGCUGUGUCAUAAAGGCUGAACAUUAGAACCAGGGAACAAAGAGAAUUUAUUAACCACAGCUAACAUAGUAACAGAGACCAGUUACACAGACCAGUUUCAGAGACCAAUAAUACAAAGUCUAAUUUCAGAAACCUGUUUUGGAAACGUUCAACUUCAAUGUCUGAAUUUAUUAGUUUAGAGUUUCUCCCUCCAAGUGAGGAGAAGAAACAAACUGACCUGGAUCAGACUUCUAACCAGGAUGAGACCUCUGAGGAUCUGACUUUGAGAUCAGACCUCUCAGGAUCAGAUCACAACCAGGAUGAGACCUCUGAGGAUCAGACCUCAGACCAGGAUCAGACCGCAGAUCUGCUGACCCAGCAGGCAGCACUGAUGUUGUUCCUGGGGGAGAAGGUGCUAACUGACCGGAAAGAGGAGGACGACGAACCAAACCCCUGCUGUGCUCUCGUCCUUCAUCUGCAACCUGGAGGACAGAGAGUGGCAGAGCGUCCAGGACCGGAUGGUAGAGCUGGUGAGUAACUCUAACACAGAAUCUCAGACUCACCUGGCUCACAUGUCUGAGAGGAUCAUCAGGGUUGUGUCCCAGCUGGUCCUCCAGCUGCUCACCCCAACUCUGAAGGUCCAGCUCCAGCCCGAAGACCAUCCCAGAGUGCUGCCCUGUGAGAUCGAGGAGGAAGAGCAUAUCUCCAGAUCUUCUGCUGUUCUGAGGCCAUUGGCCAGAGAUCUCCAAAGGUAUUUAGAAAUCAAUGACGAAACCCUGGUUCGAUCACUGGGCAGCUCUGCCUCCCAGCUGUCAGUCAGCAUGCUGGGAGAUGUAGUGAAGCAGCUCAACCAGGGUCUGUGUGUGCUGGCUGCUCAGAGCCAGGACAAUGCAGAGACUGAAGGGGCAGAAGGCACAUCUUCUGCUAUGAAGCUGCUGGCAGUUGCAGGCGAGACUCUGGCUGCUCUAAAAGAUGAGGCAGUGAAACAGGAUCAGGACGUAGAUGCCCUCUCAGAAAAGGCAGCAGAGGAGGUGAUGUUCGCCAUAGCUGACACCAUGAACAGCUGUCAGGACAAAGGGAGGAAGUCUACGAGGAUCCUGCGAGACCUUGCUGCCAAAGUAAGUGAGCUGCGCUCAGCGUCCAGCCACAGGCAGCUCAGCUCAUUUACCAUCAGCCUGAAGAGCAACAGUGGCGAUCAGCCUGAGCAACCUGGGGUUCACGUGGGGCCAUACCCAUUCCACGUGUCCCCUGAAAAGAUCAGCAGUGACCUGUCAGAGUUUCACGGCUCCUGUCGUCAUGUGUUAAAGGGCCUUCUGGCCAAGUUAUUAGUGUUGUCCUCACCGCUGAGUUUCAGUGUGAUGACAGGUCCACACAGGUCAUCCCUGCCCAGCUUGGAGUCCACUGCCUCUGACAUUCUGGAAGUUGUAGUCAACAGUGUGAAGGAACUUUGCCAGAAAAAGAGGUCAGUGUUUCAACUGCGACGACAGAGGAUGAAAGUCAAAGAGAAGCGAGUCAACUCCACAGCGACUGAGCUGAAAGUCACUCUGCAGGAGAAGCUGGGAGAGUUUCUCACCUGCCACAAAGACGCUGUGGAGGAGCAGAAGAACGACAAAAUGGAGAAAGCCAAGAGGAUUGUGUCUGAACUUCUGUCCAACAUGAGAGAGAGGACAUCAGAGCGUGAGGACACACAGCAGGAACAAACAUCCACGGUCCAGGUUAUAACCGGUGCUGUCAGGACUCUGCUGCAGCAGGUUGACACCUGCAGAGAUGUCAGGGACGGAUCCACUCUGAUUAAACUGGAGGAUUUGAUCAGUGAGGACAAACUAUCCAUCUUGUCCCCGCUGCUGACAAGUUCUCUGAGUCCUCUGUGGUCCAGUCCUGUGAGUCCAGCUGAGCAGGUACGUCUGUUCUGCGAUGCAGCGGUGAAACAUCUGCUCAGGCUGUUCGUCCUCCCUCCUCUCUCCUGGGGGAUGGGCAGAGUCAUCCAAGUCCAGAGCAGCAAAUCAUCCACCUCCAGGUUGGCAGAGUCGACUCAGCUGUACGAAGACAUCAUCAGCCAGUACGCUCAAGCUGAUGUCCAACCAGGUGAUUAGUGGCCUCAGCAGGUUGUCCACUGCCUUCUGGCUGCAACUGGAGGUGGCUCUCCAGGACGUACUUCAAACCGAAUGACGGCACACCAAAACAGAAACAGAAGAAGAGAAAGAACAUCAUACACUUCUUCCAGAAGCUGCCACAGGAAGCUCGGAAACCAGUGGAGGACAUUGAGAGACAGGAUGGAUGUGAACAUCGUCGAUGGAGACUCUGAUGAUGAGGAGGAAAGACUGAACCCCUCUGAGCUGAGGUGGAGGAGGAUCGUCCGCUUCCUCCAGGACUACAUUAUGGAGCUUUUCUUCUUGUACCAGCCAAUGCAGUGGCAGAGGAUGGCACUCUACCGAAUUUGACACUCUCCCUACUAAAGGACAUUUACAGGACUUAUGUAUUCCUUGUUGUUAUGUGUUCCUCAAAGAAUACAAAAGCUGCAUAAUACAUAAGUUCCUGAACCCACCGGCAAUGUCUCAUGAAGCGUGCAUCAACAUCAGCAAGUGAGCCGACUCUUUCCCCUGCCUUGUGUUUGCGAGGGAGAGAGGUGUGUGAGUUACCUCUAGGGCCACAUGUCUCUCAAACAGGGGUAAGCUGAGGUAACACUGCUGAUACGAUGACGCUUCACACAUUAAUGACAAUGACAAUAAUCCUAAUAGUGACUAUAACCUUGAUGAUUUUCUUGAAAUUUUGCUAAACUCCCAUUACAGAGGCUGAGACACUUCGGCCUCUAUUACAACGUGGGAAUUUUUGAUGUAAAAAGUCUGAACAUGUCUGAACAUGAGCAGACUUCCAGUGCUCAUUGAUUGUUAAAGACAGUUCGUCUUAAAAUGUACAGUCUAUGUAUAUAAACAGCUGCAGGCAAAAGUUUGGGCAAAUUCUUACUCCACCUACACCCAUGUUCCACCACAAGAGGUGGAACGUGGAAAAAAUCACAGAAUUUGCUCAGUGGGAGCUAAAACAUCUGCACCCAGCUGUUUGUACGUGGAUAUAAAUGCUAAAAUGUGAAACUUGAAUGAAAUGUGAAUGUUAAAUAAAUCUGU